UCUUCUAUCCCUGGAUGCUUAAUUGUGCACAGUGUGUAAUUGUUUUAUCAUUUCUCAAAACUCUUUCUAACUUCCCUGCUAUAGGUUAAACAAGUGGAAGACAAUGGAAUUAAUUAACAACAGCUAUCCCGAAGAGUUUAUUCUACUAGGCUUUGCUGACCGUCCUUGGCUAGAGGUUCCUCUAUUCAUUAUUCUUCUUAUAACAUACCCCAUGGCCAUGAUGGGGAACAUAGCCAUCAUUCUGGUGUCCAAGUUAGACCCCCGAUUGCACAGUCCCAUGUAUUUCUUCCUCACCAACCUCUCCUUUUUGGACAUGUGCUACACCACAAGCAUCGUCCCUCAAAUGCUAUUUAACCUGGGAAGUUCUAAGAAGACAAUCAGCUAUAUGUGGUGUGCAGUUCAGCUCUACUUCUUCCACAUAAUGGGGGGCACUGAAUGUCUGCUUUUGGCUCUGAUGUCUUUCGAUCGCUACAUGGCCAUCUGCAAGCCUCUACACUACACCCUCGUCAUGAAUCAGCAUGCCUGUAUCCUAUUAGCGUCCACUGUGUGGCUGAGUGGAAUGACCUAUGCUGUCUCAGAGGCCACUGUUACAUUACAGUUACCACUGUGUGGUCAAAACACACUGGAUCACUUGGUAUGUGAGAUUCCUGUUCUGAUAAAGACUGCUUGUGGUAAAAAGGGUGCCAAUGAGCUCACACUCUCUGUGGUAUGCAUUUUUAUGUUAGCUGUGCCACUAUGCUUAAUUCUUGCUUCCUAUGCUUGUAUUGGAUAUGCUGUAUAGAUUAAAUCUUCAGAGGGAAGAAAAAAAGCCUUUGGGACAUGUUCCUCCCAUCUCAUUGUUGUUUUCUUAUUUUAUGGCCCAGCAAUUAGCAUGUACCUUCAGCCCCCCUCUUCCAUCUCAAGGGACCAGCCCAAGUUCAUGGCUCUCUUCUAUGGAGUGGUGACCCCUACACUCAACCCGUUCAUAUAUACUCUAAGGAAUAAGGAUGUAAAGGGGGCACUGGGCAGCCUGGUGAGGAGCAUUUUCACUUCCAAGUGA